AGCAUAAACUUUUUUUUUCUGUCUCUUUGUGUCUCUGUGUGUGUGUGCGCGGCUGUUAAAGAAGAGGUACCGCAAGCAGCUGCCGCGACGGUGCGCAUCGCAGAGAAAAACACGUUUCUCGGCUUCUGCGUUGACGAUUUUCAAGAAAGAGAUCGAGAGAGAAGAGAACAAAUCCCUCCUCCCCUCCCCGACGAUGCUGAACAAGUCGGCCGUAUUGCUGCGCCGUGGUAAGCCGCGCCCACGGGCGGGCAUGUUUCCUGACAAGUACCGCCGCGUCCCCGCCCUGUUGAAGCCCCAGCAGGGCGGUCAGCAGUACUUCAGCGACUUUCUCAUUCGCUCCGCGAACGACGCCGUGGAGCAGCAGCAGCAGCAGCAGCAGCAGCAAGCUGGCUACUACCACAGCUCCAUGGUGGGCGACGUCAGCGGCCAGCUUCGCAGUGGGGCUCGGCCGGAGCGUGCGGUGCGCGGGACGGCAGGGGAGGCCGAGGCGGCCCUGCACGGCGGGGCGGCAGCCGACGACCUCACCUCCCCGCGCCUGCCGCAGGCGGACUUGCAAGGCGUUCUGCACCGCAGCCGUCCGAGGACCAUUCAGGAGGAACUACAGCAGCUCGCGGCACAGGACGGUUUCACCGCGCAGCGUGGCUUUAACGAACGGGUGUGGUACGAGCAGGAGACCGCCGCCCUGCGCAGCGGCAAGGGCCCACAACACCAAGUUGCCGAAGGGAACGAAGGAGAAGACGAGCAGCAGGAGGAGGCGACGUCGUCGGCGAAGUCGACUGCCCUGCCACAGCGCAUUCUCGGUGACGACUACUUCCGGCACCAGUUUGGCUACUCCUUGUUAAAAGGGGAGGAAGAGGCGGCGGCGCCCGCGGACGGCCUCACCGCCUACGCCCAGCUCGACCUGUGGGGUGAACUGCCAAAGUACAACAAGGACUUUAUCUUUCUCUACCUCGUCUCGCGGCGGCGCAACACCUACGCCGUGGCCUACGACUACGGCGGGAAGCGACUGCUGAACACGUACACGGCGGGCAACCGCGGCCUGAAAGGCGGUGACCGGGGGUUUCGCGGCGACGGCUCCACCGACAACGGCCACCAAGUCACGAGCAUGUACCUGAACGACCUGCUGCCGAAGGUGCGCGAGGCGCGGGCGGCGAGUGGACAUCCGCUCGGUCGUGGGGAGAAGGUGGACCUUGUUGUGCGGGUGAUGGGCUUCUAUAACGGCCGUCAAGGCGCGGUGCGUGCGGUGCAGGACCGCAGUGCGGACUAUCGCGUGCGAUACCUGGAGGACAUCACGCCGUUCCCGCUGAACGGGCCGAAGAUGCCGCGAGGCGUGUUCCGUUAA